AUGUAUCAGCAGAUGUAUACAAUUGUGUUUAAACUACUUUAUAAGAAAUUUGGAUAUAAAGUCAAGUGGAAACACCUUCAUGGUAGGGGUCUACUAGGUAUUACAGUUGAUCAAGACCAUAAAAACCUUAUUGGGUUUAGGAAAUAUCUAUCUCUAGAAUGUAACCUAGAGCAUAGACCAUGGGCAUGGCAGGUUGAACGCUCUGUACGCUUCUGUUUAAUUUAUUUCUAA